GAAAUAUUUCUUUGAAAGACAUGAGACGGAGAAGAUUUUUUAUUUUAGCAUUUUAAGUCAAUAUUUAUACUCUGAUCACUGUUAAAUUUGAUCGUUCGGUUACCUAUUUUUAACUUUUUAAAUAUAUAUAACAGGAAAAAGAAUUACAAUGAACCAUAAACUCCUAAAAGUAUUAAGUCCAUUAACUACACUAACGAGAUCAAAAGGUUUUCUGCAUCCUGGUGGAAUUAGAUAUCCUGGAGGCAUUCUUUACUAUCCUAGAUACCCGGAUUACAAAGAACCUGAAUGUACACCAUCUAAAUUAUUUAGGGUUCAACUUAUAAAAUCAACUAGACAUCAACCAUGGUGGGAGAAAAAAAUUUUAGGAGAGCUUAAAAUUUAUUCUGUGAAUCAAAUGGCAAUAGUAAAAAACAUCCCAGAAAUAAAUGCAAAACUUUGGAAAGUUAAACAUUUAAUUAAAAUAACACCAAUCACAUUUCCAUAUGGAGAGCCAACAGAGAAUGAUAUUAAGCACACGGUUUUAAAAGAAAAUGGAGAAUGUAUUGUUAUAAAGGAAUUAAAACCAGAUGUAAAGAGAGUAGAAGCACUUGAAAGUUUUGAAAAGGAUCCAAAAAGAAUGGAUUCUACUACCAUAGUAAGGGAUUCAAGACUCAAAUGGGUGACAGGCUCUAAUGGGGGCUACUAAUGAAUAAUUACAUCCUUAGUACUAUUAUUAAAUAUGUUUAGAAUC